AUGGAUUCAUCACAGCUGCAAAAGGACGGAAAUUUCUACCGCAAACGAAAGCGAGAGUUAGAAGAAUUGGACAGAAAAUGCGACGAGCAGCUAUCUAAUGUAAAUUUCUCUUCGGUACAUUUUCCGUGGCCGGAUGUACAAUUAGAAUCGCAUACUCCAGACCCUUCGGAAAUAUUGGCAGAUGUUAGCUCUUCAUUGUUUAGUGAUGAUUUUGUUGGUGGUGUUGAAAAUAAUGCAGUAGAGGAUACGAAGGAUGGCGAUGAGGACGAUGGUUUAAAUUUUGUAAAUAACUUAUCCUUAACUGAUGCCUUACGGCAUCUGGUUAUUACAUGUAGACUGUCGCGCUUCGUUACGAAAGCUAUUCUAGCUAUCUUAAGGAAACACUUUCAAGCGCCUGUUCCAAAACCACCACAAACUUUAUUGAAAACUCCCCCACACGUCGGCCAACAAAUUAAGCCGAUAAAUGGCGGACAGUUGUGGUAUCGAGGGAUACAGCCAGUGCUCGCUAGUUAUUUUGAGUAA